CUCUGGAGGAACAAAGAUGACAUCAAACUCAUUCAUCAACAUUUUUUGAAGCGAUGCACUGAAGCUCACCCACAACAAUUCAAACAGAAACCAGAACAAAAAACAAAACUCGACAAGUCUGUCUUCGCUGACUGCUCUGUUUUGACUGCAGCUGCAAAUGGAAAGGUUCAAAAUCUUGCUUUUGACAGUGGCAGUGUUGGCGCAAGCAAUGUCUCAAAACAGCACUACUGAAUCUCCAGUUCAGAUUUCCAAGCCCAAGAUAACUGUGAAUCCAGAUCAUGGGGUGCUGUACAAUACUGAGAGCGUCACUCUGAGCUGUGAGAUCUCUGAAGGACCCCCGGGGUUACAGUAUGACUGGUACAAGGACUCAAAAGAUCUUGGUCAACAUCAGCGCAGCAUCACUGUGAACGAGAACGGAAAAUAUGAAUGCAAAGGAAAAAGAAGAGAGACUCGGUCUGAAAAAAGUGAUGUUUACACUUUAACUCUGAAAGAUCCUCCUAAAGCGCAGCUCACGGUGAAUCCUGAAUGGACAGAAUAUUUUGUGACUGAAAAAAUCAAUCUGCGGUGUAAGAUUGAAGACGGUUCUUCGGGCUGGAUCUUCGAGUGGAUAAAAGAUAGCUGGACUUCAGAAAAAGACGACGUCCAAACAUUGAAUGUAAAACACUCUGAUUCUGGAGAAUAUUCUUGUAGAGGAAAACUCAGUAACAGACAAGUAACUACUCAACAAAGUAAUACAUUUCAACUGAAAGUCAAAGAAAUGCCUCAAUCACAAGUUCAGUCUGACUGGACAGAAGCGUUUCCUGGUGAAAAAGUCACUUUGAAGUGUAAGAUGCAAGAUGCACUCAAAAAUUGUAACUAUAUGUGGUUCAAGGGCCAAACCAAGAUUGUCUCCAGCGGUGAAACAAAUAUAAAAGGAAACAGUCUCACACUCUCAGUUCAGUCCAGUCAUGACGGGGAGUAUGUGUGUCAAGCUGAGCUGCACCACAGAAAGGUGACGACUGAAAAAAGUGCACCGCAUUCGUUAAAAGUUCAUGGAUCAAAACCAACACUCCAUCUGCAGCAAGAUCCAUCAUACUCUGAGAUCUACACAGGAGAACAAGUCAAACUCACUUGUAACAUUCAAGAGCAGACGUCACAAUGGGAAUAUCAAUGGAAAAAAGAUUCUACACAAGAAAAUAGUCACAUUUACAUCAUCCCCAGUGCUGAACUCUCUCAUGAUGGGUCAUACACUUGUCAAGUAGGAAGGAGGGGGACCACAUUUUCACAGUCUAUAAAACUGACCAUAAGAGAACCGCCUCAGCCAAACUUGUCAGUAGCGCCUCUGUGGAAACCAUUUUACCCAACUGAAAAAGUAACCCUGAAGUGUUCAAUCGGUAAAGAUUCAAAUGAAUGGGGCUUUGAAUGGUUUAGAAAUGAAGCUCUGCUUAGAAGGGAUAAGGACACCUCUGAAGACACACUCUCAGCUAAAGCAAAACAUUCAGGAGAAUACACCUGCAGAGGAAAACAUAAGACGAGAACACCAGUGACUACAGGACGAGCAAAAGCUUUGCCACUUCAAAUUUACAAUAAAACACCAAGACCAAGCAUCAAUAAGCAUCAGUGGUUUGAACCCUUCUAUACUAAUGAGCGAGUCCAGCUUCAUUGUCACAUGUCCGGUAAUAGCUGGGAAUACCAGUGGUAUAAAAACUUAAGUGCUCUAAACACGAAUGAAGAAUUGACCCUUGACUCGCUAUCUGUCACUGACACUGGAGACUAUCACUGCAAAGCAAAGAGAGGAGACUUUUCUGUGGACAGUAUGACUCUACGAGUGCAAGUCCAAAAACUGCCUGAACUACAAAUCCAGUCUGAAUGGACAGAAGCAUUUCCUGGUGAACAAGUGUCUUUGCAUUGUGUGAAUGAACAUGUUUCUAACAACUGGACUUAUAUGUGGUUCAGGGGCUCAGACAAGAUUGUCUCCGGUGCUGAAUCAAACAUGAAAGGAGACAGUCUCACACUCUCAGUUCAGUCCAGUCAUAACGGGGAGUAUGUGUGUCAAGCUGAGCUGCACCACAGAAAGGUGACGACUGAAAAAAGUGCACCGCAUUCGUUAAAAGUUUAUGGAUCAAAACCAACACUCAAUCUGCAGCAAGAUCCAUCAUACUCUGAGAUCUACACAGGAGAACAAGUCAAACUCACUUGUAACAUUCAAGAGCAGACGUCACAAUGGGAAUAUCAAUGGAAAAAAGAUUCUACUCAAGAAAAUAGUCACAUUUACAUCAUCCCCAGUGCUGAACUCUCUCAUGAUGGGUCAUACACUUGUCAAGUAGGAAGGAGGGGGACCACAUUUUCACAGUCUAUAAAACUGACCAUAAGAGCUCGUCCGCCUGCACUCCUGAGUCUGGAGACUGAACUGGGUGACAUUAUGACUGGGUAUAUGACUCUGAGGUGUAACGUCUCAGACGGCAGAAACUGGAACUACACCUGGUUCAUGGACGGACAGCAGCUCAACGCAUCCUCAGAUGUACUCAGAGUGACAGGAAAUGAAGAAAACAUCAGAAGGGAAUUCAAGUGCAAGGGAAUUAACACAGUGAGACCGCUGUACUCCGCUCUGAGUGACGGCUUCAUAGCCAAUAAUAUUAUAUUCAAGAGAAAAAUCCUGCUGGCCAUCUCAGGGUGUCUCGUCUGUUGUAUUGUCAUCCUGAUCAUUGGAUGCAUCAUUCUAAAAGUUACCCGUAAACCAGAGGUAAAAGAAACAGCACAAGAGGACUUGUUCUUCUCAAUGACAGACUUCAAGAACCAAACUGCUUCCCCCAUGAAGGAGUACAUGGACAACAGACCAUCAGAGCUGGAGGAUUGUGAGGAAAAAGAGGAACUGAUCACUGGUCGAGCUUCAGCCGCUCACGAGGAUGCUGUGAUUAAAGAUGAAGACACACCAGCUUCAGAAACCAAUGGCAUGACAUCAUUUAAAGGACUCUGAACUGUUUUUUCAGCAAUCCCCAUCAUGAGUUUCUGUAUUCUCUGAGACACAGAUAAACGGUAUGUGCUUGUUUCAAAACUGCAUUAGCAUGGCACUUCGUCUAGUAGCUCUUUCAAAAGCUAAAAACCAGCUUGUUACGUUUUUUCUUUUUCAAAUUGUCGAACCGAACUGCAGUAAAUAAAGAGAGUAAAUCAGGAGAAUAAAAUAUUUCUGUAUUUUAUUAUAUAAUGAAAUAUUUAUAUAUCAUAUUAUUAAACAUCUCUGUAGCCUAUAUAUCUGUACAUACACGAAUCUGUUCAUAUUGUAAACAUUGUAACACGCCACCACUGAAAACAAAAACUGUAAUCCAGUGGAUUAUUUUGUUAUUGUGAGUUAUGUGCAUAUUAAAAUUAUUAUUUUUUGGUUAUUGCUCAUUUUACAUUUAAAUAAA